AUGCACUACUCAAGGAUACUAGCUUUGUUCGCCGCCUCACUCACUGUGGCCCCGACGGUCGUAGCCUCUCCUGGAUUCAGGUUUACGCCACUGCAGAAGGAGAUCCACCAUGAUUCUGGGAGUUCACCGUCGAGCUCAGCGUCGCAUCCUAGCACGACCGCAGCAGGCUCGACCAAGGUUACCACUGGCAAGACCUUCAUCGAUGGCACUGGGCGUGGUUGUGGAAGCGUAGUAACUCCCAAAAUUGCCAGGAAGGUCGAGAAGAAGUUCCAGAAAUCCCGUCGGCCAGCUAAGAAUGCGCGAGCGGGCCCUGUCAAGUUCCCUGUGCAUUUCCAUGUUAUUGCUACGAAUAGGACCGCUGAGGGCGGAUGGCUUUCAGAUGAGACGAUUGCUGCCCAGAUAGAUGUCCUCAAUGAGGGUUUUGAUCUGGCUGGGUUUGAUUGGGAGUUGGUUAAUACCACGAGGAUUUUGAAUCCCGAGUGGUUCUCGGCUGGGUUCCAUUAUGAGGAUGAGAUCGAGCGCGAGAUCAAACUUGCAACUCGACAGGGUGAUGCUGCAACCCUAAAUGUUUGGACUGUGGACGCUCAGGCUGACUCAGAAGAUAGCCAUGAUCUCCUGGGAUACGCGACAUUCCCCUGGUACUACGAUGCCACUCCAGAGCUUGACGGGGUCGUUAUCCAUUACGGUUCGGUCCCGGGAGGCUCCAUGAGCAUCUACAACAAAGGACAUACCCUCACUCACGAAGUCGGACACUGGGUCGGACUCUACCACACUUUCGAUGGUAAGAGCUGUGAUGGACCGGGAGACUACGUCUCCGACACUCCUCAACAAUCCAAGGAAUCCAGGUCCUGCACACCGUCUGACUCUUGCGCACAUCUUCCUGGCAGUGAUCCUUACACCAACUUCAUGGAUUACUCUCCAGACGAAUGCUUGUCGGAAUUCACGACUGGACAGAUCCGACGGAUGCGAGAGGAGGUGAGGACGUAUCGUGGUGUUGAGGAUGCGUAG